GGAGAAGACCUCAGGGCCCUCUCCUCGCUUUAUAAGAGGACCCUCGACGCCUCCAUUCUGGAGAAAAGAGAGAAGAAAAAAGGGAAAGGAAGCCUACCCAAAUCCUUCUCUUCCCUUCCCCACUCUCCUCCCUAGUCUCUUCUCUAGAGUUUCCUUCAGAAUUGAUGGAAAAUUCAGGGACCCAUCCCUCGAUUCUUGGCAGCCUCCGUUAGCUCCCCUCCUCCUGAAGGAGAUUAGAGAGACAGAGAGAUGGGUAUGAGUGGCCGCUGCGCCCAGGCCUCUUCUCAUGGCUCCGUUAUGAUGGUCACCAGCUUCUUCCGACAUAAGUACUAGAGCUCAAGCGGCGAAGAUAUCUGGGGGCGGCGGAAUCAUGCCCGUCGGAUCUCGUCAAGAACACGGGGGAAGAGGUGGUAUGGUGUAAGAUUUCUUGAAGGUUGUAAGGAAAAAAGACUUCUUUUUUUCUUCGGGUAAAAGAAGAGAGAGAGAGAGAGAGAGAGAGAGAGAGGAGGAGGAGGAAGCGAGAAAAAAAGGUAGGAGAUGGCGGGAAGAAGGUCUUAUGAGGGUUCGAGUAUGGCGGUUUUGCUCCGGAAUAAUUGGAUUUCCUCCGAGGCUAUUGAGCCCCUGCUCUCUUCGGGGACUUCUCAUGGAGGAUUUCCCGGCUCAAGGUCUGUGAUGAAUUUUGAAGAUGUCCAUGGGCAGAGGCCUGAAUGGUCCUUCUGCAGACCAUUCGAGUUGGAAGAAACUGGCGACGAGGACUUGGACGAGGGUGUUCACCGCCCAGAAAAGAAGAGAAGGCUUACAGCUGACCAAGUCCAGUUCCUCGAGAGUAGUUUUGAGCUUGAAAACAAGCUUGAGCCAGAGAGGAAAGCUCAGCUUGCAAGGGAUCUCGGGCUACAGCCCAGACAGGUCGCAAUAUGGUUUCAAAAUCGCCGUGCUCGGUGGAAGACAAAGCAACUGGAGAAGGACUACGAGGCCCUGAAAUCUAGUUAUGAUGUCCUCAAGGCUGAUUACGAUAACCUGCUCGAUGAGAAGGAGAAACUUCAAGCCGAGGUUCUCUCUCUCACAAACAAGGUCUUCCUCAAAGAGAAGGAUAUCGGCAGCUCGGCACCAUUUGAAUGCAACAAAUUGCCUCCUCACGAAUUGCAGAACAUAGUCCCGGAUGCCAUGCGCGAGGUGAAAAGAGUAGAUGCCCGAGUCACAGUAUGCAAGCAAGAGGACCUCAGCUCCGCCAACAGCACUGUGUUAGACUCCGGGAGCCCUCCCUACAUUGACGAAGUAGAUCGCUCUACGCUGAUGGAGCCUGUGGAUUCUUUCCAUGCUUUCGAACCUGAUCGAUCUGAUCUCUCGCAUGCCGGAGAGGUUGAUGAGGUCAAAGGUUCUGGCUUCCUGAGGCUUGAAGACAAUUUGAAUAAUUACAGGUUCCCUGUCGAGGACCAGCCCUAUUGGUUCUGGCCUUGACUCAUACGAUGUUCGAUUUGUGCCUACUUUACUGUGUUUUCUGCGUCUUUGGUGAGGUUAAUUUUGGUGGUGAAUAAUUAGCAACAAAGCCAUUUUAGUGGCAAUUAAAAUCUAGAUGGUUUGUGAAACUUUUCGUCUUUGUAUUCAGUUUGUUCUUAUUGAAGAAAGCUUUGAAGUUGUGUAAAACUAGUGGGAAUUGAAAGGUACCUUGGUCAAUGUCU